GGUUAAACGUGCACGUCUUGGCUGGACAAUCUCCUGAAGAUGACCAGUCACCGCUGCAUCCGAAGAUCCCAGAUAAUACAACUCUAAACGCCUCUUGGGUGAACGAGAGAGUGAGACAGGGCGCAAGACGAUGAGAGAGAGAGAGCUAGCGCGAAUGUGCGUGUGAAAUGAUGCAAGAGAUGAGAAGUGCCGUACACCUGGAGAGUCUGAUGUGCCUGAGAGAUUGAGUUGAGAGAAACGACACUGGCAGAUGAGGCAGUGGUUUUAUCCAGUAAUGUACCUCAGCUGUGUCACUUUAACUUUGAAGAAAAUGUCAGGGAGUUAUUUGUUGCUGCAUUUUUUGGGUUUAAAAAUGUGAUUAAUAUACAUUUGUAGAUGCAGUGCUAAAGUUAAACCCCAUGUUGUAAUUGAGCUGAUAAUUACACAUCUGGAAGUAGAAUUGCUUUUUAUUUUUCCAGAUUACAAAUUUGGUAAAAUGUCCAAUCAUGACAUUAGUGCCAAAUUUGGAGGAACCUAAUCUGGUCUUUGAACAACCUAACCAUGAAAACCCAUAACUUCCACAUUGACAUUAUUUUAGCAUAUUAGAAAGUUAAAUACACAUUAUUGGCUGAAGAGUAUUUGGAUUUUCAUUUGACCGAGUCAAAAAUCUGCCGUGUCCUCUCGACACCCCUGAUGGGUGCAACUCUAUUUAUUAUUUUACGGUCAAAUUGUGAAUUUGACUGAUGUAUGGACAUUUGUAUGCAACUAUGAAUGUCAGAGAGUGCAGUGUCACUGGUUGACUGGAACCUUGGAUGAAUAUUGGUAUACAUGUGUUUCACUGAAAGCUGUUUGUCUUUCCUUCAUAUCUUUGUUUUUUUCUGUCCUUUUUUCAGAAAGUAUUUGUCUAUAGUUCUUCACUCCACUAUCAUUGUAUCCGGCUUUACACGUUUUACAUGUUGAAACUACAAUUCAAAAUGUGACAAAUAUGCACGUUAAGUAAAUAAUUCCCCAGUUCAAAUAAGUUUCUGUAUUUCUUGGAUAUCACAAAAGUUUAAAUAUGCCCUGUAGAUGUAAACAAAACCCGAACCCCAUAGAAUUGAAUGCAUGUGACCAUCAUUCAGAUGACCGUCUCACAGUAGAAAGCACAAUGACGUCCUCUCGCUGUCGGUCCCGCUUGUGUCCGAUCAGCUGAUCGCCAUCCUAAGGACCAAAACAAGCUAACGCUAGCUUUACGUAGCCGGGGAUAAAAGUUAUGAAAGCACAUGACGAUUUAAUUCUGUAUUAUAAGGUAAGAUAAUGGGUAGAAAAACCUAAACCGCGUUUGUCAGUAUAGGGCCCGAAUUAUUUCGUGUUUGUCUGGGAGGCGUCGCUGCUUCGGCUGGUUGACGCGGAGCUGCUGGAGCUAACCUGCGUCAGCGGCGGAAGUUAACCGGCUAACUCGCCUAAAUGUGCGUUAGCUUCAGCUAGCUUACGUGUUGUUAGCUACACUGGCCCAAUACUCAGCUUUUGCUUUAUGAGACAUGUUCUUUGCAUUAAGGAAAAACGGACGGUUGAUGUUAUACUCUAACAUGGCAAUGUAAAUAACGUUAAGAACCAGAUUAGCUCGCGUUCAAGGUUCGGUAGUCUUAUAGUGCGCUAACUUCAUGUGAAGCUAGCGUCAGGGAACGGUGACAAUGUAACGUUAGCUCCGACAUAGCCUCGUUGAGUGAAUCGAUUCAUACUUUAUCAAGUAUCAUAUUGAUAAUAGCUGUGCAUUAAGUAGUAGUGUACGAGCCAUUCAUCAAUAUAUUAUGUUCUCCGUGUCACACGUCACUUGCUCAAUUAUAAACAGUGUGUUACAACAGGCAGCUGAGUUAGUGACCACACGACUACCUGAAUACCAGGCAGUCAAGUCUGAUGUGUGUGUGUUUUUCUUCUCAGAUCCUGGCUUUGAUAAGGAAGUGAGAGCGUCUGGCCACCAACCAGAUUGAAAACAUUAAUUGGAGACUAACUAUGUAUUAUCUCUGAGAAUGGGAGGAAGUGGGUCCAAAGCCAAAGGUGUCUGGCCUUUCUCAGGCAAUGGCGUCGGAGGGGAUUCAGCCAGUGAUGGAAGCGAGCAGUCUGUGGCUCGCCUCAAAGGUUCCAGAAAUGCCACACCGUUUGUUUUUACCAGGAGGAGUUCUUUGUACUACGACGAGGACGGCGACCUGGCCCAUGAGUUCUACGAAGAGACGGUGGUGACAAAAAACGGAAGAAAAAAGUCCAAGUUGAAGAGGAUUCAGAAAAAUCUGAUCCCACAGGGAAUUGUGAAGCUUGACCACCCCUGUAUACAUGUAGAUUUCCCCGUGGUCCUCUGUGAGGUGGUAAAAGUUGUGCAGGACUGAUCUACUAUGAAGUGCAGCAACUGGUCCUCUUCCCAGAGCAACUUUUUGUCCCAGGGUCAAAGCAUCAAAGUCAAGACUGCAGCCGUGGUCCGGAGAGCAAAAGGAAGAUUCAAACUGUCGUAUAAAACUGAUAUACUGAAUGAAAUGUUAUACAUUUGAAUUCAACUUUGGUCAGAGGGUGCCCUGUUCAAAAAAAUCCAUAUUUUGAUAUUCACAGAAAUAGCGUUGGUCCAGGUUGUGUGUCCGCUACCCAGCUGAUAUGUAAGCAGUCUUUGAGAAUACAUCAAAUUAAGUUGUAUUUCUCCUUGAUGUGAAAAGGCGUUAACGGUUUAUGCCUUCUGUGACACGUAGAGUGAAACUGUGUCUGUCUUUGUGUGUACAUGUGUGCACUUAGGUUUGUUUGAUUGAGUGUGUUUGAGACCGGGACGUAAGAUUUAGUUACAGGGUAGAAUAUUGAAGGAUUGUGAAAUGUAUUAUAUAUAUAUAUAUAUAUGGUCAUGUUCUGUAUUGUCACGUCUGAGACUGUCUCAGUAACCGGAGCUCAGACCUGCACUAGUGAACAUAAUGUACUGUAAAUAAUAUAAGAUUUCUUAGUUGGAAAUACUUGAAUAAAUGGAUCUGGACUCAAUACCUUUUCUAUUA